AUGGCACCACUUUGUACAAGAAGUAGAAUGAAGCUGCAAAAAGCAAUGGUUGAAGAUAGAAAGCAGAAAAGGACUUAUUGUGAGUUUGCUACAGAAGUUAUUAGUACUUCUUCUGCUUCUUCGGUUGAAAGCACAGAACUUGUUGUGAGUGAUCUUAAGAAGGAUGAAGAUACUGAGAAAAAUGUAAUAUGUUGUACACCGAAAGCUAAAAGGUUCAGAAUACCUCAAGUGUUGACAUGCCCACCGGCACCUAAGAAGAGAAGAGUUACUACUUCAACCGGAGUAUGUUUAUCCAUUAAUAGAUCACCAAUAACUUUAUUUUCUUCACCUGAUAUAGACCAUUUCUUCUUUUCUGCACUUAAAAAUGUAUCAGUAUAA